AUGGAAGACUGUUUGGCAAAAAAAAUGGAGAUCACUGUUUCGGAAGCCGAAAAACGGACUGGGAGAAAUGCCGUGAACAUGCAAGAAACAUACACUGCUUACCUCAUUGAGACAAGAGCUGUUGAGUCCCAGAGUGAGGGACAGUGUGCCCCGGUGGACUCCCUGUGGCGACGUUACAGUGAAUUUGAGUUGUUGAGGAAUUACUUGUCAGUUACCUAUCCACAUAUUGUUGUUCCACCUUUGCCAGAAAAAAGGGCUGACUUUGUUUGGCAUAAGCUAUCGGCAGAUAAUAUGGAUCCAGAUUUUGUGGAAAGAAGAAGAAUUGGUUUGGAAAACUUCUUGUUACGUGUGGCUUCACAUCCUGUUCUUUGCCAAGACAAAAUCUUUUAUUCAUUUUUAACACAGGAAGGUGGAUGGAAGGAAAUGGUGAAUGAAACUGGAUUUCAGUUAAAGGCAGAUUCCAGAUUAAAAGCUCUUAAUGCAACAUUCAGAGUGAAAAACCCAGACAAGAGAUUUACUGAGCUAAAACACUAUAGCGAUGAACUGCAGUCUGUCAUAUCACACCUUCUGCGAGUCAGAGCUAGGGUAGCAGACCGGCUGUAUGGUGUCUAUAAAGUCCAUGGCAACUAUGGAAGAGUAUUCAGUGAGUGGAGUGCAAUAGAAAAGGAGAUGGGGGAUGGGUUGCAGAGUGCUGGCCACCACAUGGAUGUAUAUGCAGCUUCUAUUGAUGACAUACUGGAAGAGGAGGAACAUUAUGCAGAUCAGCUGAAAGAAUAUCUCUUCUAUGCGGAAGCACUACGGGCAGUUUGCAGGAAACACGAACUAAUGCAAUAUGACUUGGAAAUGGCUGCACAGGACCUAACAUCUAAGAAACAGCAGUGUGAGGAGCUGGCAACAGGAACUGUGAGAACGUUCUCCCUGAAAGGCAUGACCAGCAAGCUCUUUGGGCAGGAAACCCCCGAGCAGAGGGAAGCCAAGAUAAAAGUUCUAGAAGAACAGAUACAGGAAGGAGAAGAACAACUUAAGUCUAAAAAUCUGGAGGGCAGAGACUUUGUGAAAAGUGCCUGGGCUGACAUUGAACGGUUUAAAGAACAAAAGAAUCACGAUUUGAAGGAGGCGCUUAUAAGCUACGCUGUUAUGCAGAUUAGCAUGUGCAAAAAGGGAAUUCAAGUUUGGACAAAUGCAAAGGAAUGCUUCAGCAAGAUGUGAUUGUCUGGAAAUGAAUUCCUCGUCCAAGUGCCAGAGAAUGGAAGCACAAAUGUAUAACACCGAUGUUAAGUUGCUACAUGACUUACGUAUAAACCAUGAAAUAAAUGAGUGAAUAGUUUUUCUUUCUGCUGAUUGUAAUUGUUAAUAAAGGACAAGAAGGACAUGUUACUAAAUGUUUAGCCCUGACUGCCACUUCUGUGGCGUGUUUUAUAUGUGGUAGCAAAUAAUUCAGGGGUAAAAGAGUUACUGAAAACUACAACUCUGUAUUGGGGCAAAGGUAUAGGGAAAGUUAUCCCAGAAAGUAUGAACUGAACUGUUCUGAGACUUGUGAAACACCGUGCUCUGUAAUGUGUAGAUCACUUCCAGAUGCCCUUCUUUUCAGCCCUUGCUCUUUAGAGUUUGUAAUGCUCAAGGGUGCUUUGGUUUUAUAAUGGGGGACACAGUUGUGUUCUUGAGGUCUACACCAUAAGAGGACAAAAAAAGAAAUAUUGUGAUGCCUAGGGUUCAUAUUUAAAUGCCUUUGCACAUCCAUAGAGAAAUGUGCUUUUCCAGAGUUCAGGUUAAGCAGUCUCGAGCUCCUGAGAUGUUUGAAACUCUCUACAGU